ACGCUCCUCUCUCCCUUUCGUCUCUCUCUCUCUCGGUGGCGUUCGCAGCAUCGCGACGCUACGACGCGCUCCGUCGACUAUCCCAUCGGGAGAGACGCCGCCGUUAAUUUUCUUACGAUACGCGUACAUAAACCGCCGGCAUCGAUAAUAUCGCGAUCGCGCGAAGUAGGCGAUAUUUCGUGGUAACGAAAAGAAAGAAAGGUUCUCGCUAGCGGCAUCGAGAGAGUGUCUCGUUGGAGAUUGGAGAAAAGGGUGCUGAGAACGGUAACUAGCGUUAAUUGAGGAGUACAAUGUGACACGUCUACUUCUGUCUACUUCUGUCCUUUCGCACGCUCCUCGCUCGCAGAGUGAAGUUAGUUAGUUUCGCGGCGCAUGACGAACACACGCGGAUGCAAGAGGUCGCGAGUCGAAUGAGACUUGACUCGUGAUCGACUCUCGGGCGCGCGGGACUCUGAAAAACAUUCGUCACAUCUCGCGCGCGCGCGAAUCUUCGGGGCGCAAUUUCGCGGAAAUUCACGGCGAGCCUUGAAGAAAGCACCCCUUGAGAUGUAAUACCCGCGCGCGCAAGAUCGAAGGGAGUAUAUAUUAAACACUCGCCCAGUGCGCGGGGAGCGCCUUCUCGUUCCUUACUUUCCGUUGCAUAUUUUAUAUCGUAAGGAGACGUCGUUCGCAAUUUAUUACCUCGACGUGAAAAGUUCUUUGUCUCGGACAAAGAGGGAGGGAGCGGAGCGGAGCGCGGGAUUGAGUGCGCGGUAGUAAAUGCAUUUCCUACGGAGGAAUUAUUAAAGGAACGCCGGCGAAAAGGCGCGUCUCCCGAUGCUGGCGGAUGAGCGAGGGACGAGGGCGGCGGGCGGCUCGUGAAGUUUCACCAGACGUGAUUCAUCUUGGUGUACCGAUCGAGAGUGAUCCAUCGGAUCGCGACACCGUGACACGGUAUACACACGGGGGGAACCCUCCCCCUCCCGCUUGAGGACACGCCGGCCACCCCGCAGCGUCACGCACAGGAAGUUGUUUUACGUCCCUCCGGCUUCCGGAGCGUCGGCGUGCUCGCUCAAAAGCCAUAUCGACACUCGCGGAUUUACCGCCACUGCCGAAUGCGCAUGGACGACUCGUGAGGCACGGCCGGCACCCCCAUCGAGUGCGUCGUCAGACGCGCUCAAACGCUCGCAAUCGUGCGGAUCCCCGACUCGCUCGACGAUGAGGAAGCAGUGCUUGAAAAAGCCGAUCGGCCAUCAGCUAGGCGGGCCCUCGGAAACUCGCGAUCGACAGGGAUGAAAGGUCAAUCGGGCACGUACGAAGUGCGCGUGCCUCGAGCGGGAGACGGGUGUCUCGGCUGGAGAUCUAGCACGAUAAUCACGUGGGGAAUUAAGCGGCCGACCGAUGAUGAUGGAGCACAAACAGACGAUCCUGCUGGCGCCAGCGUUGAACAACAGCAGCUGCUGGCGAGGCGGUACGUCCGAGGCGGCUUGGACGGGUCCGGGCCCUGGGGAAUUGAUACGAGCCGCUCUGAUACUGCUGCUCAGCCUUGGUAUCUUGUGCGCCAAUCUUCUGGUGAUAUGCGUCAUCAAUAGCAGACGGUACAGCAAGUACAUCCACGCUCAGCCCAGAUAUCUGCUGACGAGCUUAGCGAGUAACGACCUAGCGAUUGGUCUUCUGGUGACCCCCUUUGGUUUCUUGCCGGCUGUUUACGGAUGUUGGCCGUAUGGCGAGGUGGUCUGUCAGAUUCAGGCACUUCUUAGGGGCGCUUUGACUCAACAGAGCGCCGUUAUCCUCGUCUGCAUGGCAAUCGACCGUUAUGUUUGCAUGCUGCACCCCCAUCGCUAUCACAAGCACUCCUCCAAGAGGUAUUACAUGCGGCAGGGUUGCGUGGCGGUGAUGUCGACCACCUGGAUAGCGAGUGUGGCGAUUUUCGGAGUUCUGGUGCUCCCCAGGGGCGGUUACUACUUCAACGGGUCCGGUCUCCUCGCCUGCGACCCUUUCUUCGCUAGGGCGUCCCUUAGGAUCCUCGCGUGUUGCUGUUUUUAUUUCCCGACGACGAUGGUGCUGAUGUACUGCUACGGCUCGGCCUUCCACGUUAACAAACUGCGCUUGAAGAGGGUGGUGUGCGUGAACACGCCUGAGGUCGUUAGCGGCGGACAUAUAGAGAGGCUUGUCGCCCACGAGAGACGACUGUCGACCUCGGCCUCGCGAACAAUGGCUGCGAUGAGUUUGGGUUUCAUCGUCAUGGUCACGCCGUGGACGAUCCAGGAAGUCGUUGCAGCCUGCACCGGAAGCAAGCCACCGCCGUUCCUCGACUUCCUGGCCACGUGGCUGGCGCUCUCCAACAGCUUCUGGAAUCCAUUCCUCUACUGGCUGCUCAACAAUCAUUUCCGCCGAAUUUCCAGGGAGCUCCUUUACAGUAAGAUUCUGUGCAGAUCUAAGCCGCUAGAGACGAAGCAACACUGCUGCACGACCAGCACCGGCGGUCUGGACGUCUGCAGCAUCGCCGGCGUCGACCUGUCAGGUUUGGAGCGUUGCUCAAUGGAACGAUACUCGAUGGCGCGUUGUUCCUCGUUAUCGCUGGCGAAUACGCCGCCGCCGCUCUCAUGGGAGGCCGUACACGUGACACAUGGCGACGCGGAGUCCACGUGAGCCAGAGAUGCCGCCACGCAGACGGAGGAUUUCGGAUCUCCGGACGACGCCAGUUAGUACAGCGUGGCGGCAUGCCGGCACCCGACGCUCCAACAUUUCCGGACACAUCCGUCGUCUGUACGUCGACACCCGCGUGACGACGCCGCCGCCGUCGCCGCCGCCGCCGUCGCACCCUCGCUGGCACGAGGGCGAGCUUUGCGCGUCGAGGAGGAAGAAGACGAAGGGCAGGAGGAGAACGACCGCGGCGUCGCGGCGGUCCAGCGUCAUCGACAUGCUCGACGAGUGGCUCGCUUCGAGUACGCGCGCCUCGACAGCCUGCCGGACCUCGUGCGACAGCUCGAGCCGCGCUGAAACUAAUUGCGAACAAGUCGUCGCUGUCGUUGAACACGCGACUGCGGUGCGACUCGGUGCGCCGAAAACAGCGGCCGGCCUCUCUCGCUCGCUCGCUCGCUCGGCAGCGGGAAGAGGGACGCGAGCGCGCGGACGCGCGACGCGCGUGUCGACAGCGCCGAUUAACUCGUCGAGAUGAGAUCGAUUACGGGAAUUUAUUACGGCGCGCGAGCUUCGGAGUUACUAAACGCGCCGCGAUGCACGCGGAGAUGUUUAAUGCGCGCGGCACAGCUCGGCACUCAGCGGGAGUGUUAAUUCGCGCCCGCAUGCGCUCAAUUUGGUCGCGCGAUUGAUCAGCGCGCGAGUGGCCGCGAGCGAGCGAGCGAGCGAGCGGUACGACGCAGCUCUUUUCGUUCGCUUGUUUUUCCUUCUUCUACUUUCUUCUCCCUCUCUUCUUUCUUUCGUCCGUGAUUCCGUGUAACUUGACUCGUCUUUCCUUCCUUUUACGUCCCAUCAAAGUGCAUAAAUGUUUGAAGGCAACGGAGGUCGUUGUCGCGGCACGCUGGGAAUUCCGACCGCCUCUUCUUCUUCACGAACGCCGCGGGGUAGUCGUGAUCGAUUGGGAAAGUUGAAGUUUUUCCCGGGGAAAAUUUCAAUUCGAUGUCUCGGAGUAAUCUCGGGCAGUACCGCUCGUCGUUUCGCGUAGCACCCGCGCGCGCGCGCGCGCGCGCGGCUAGGAGCGACGAUGGAAUCGCGCGAGUAAAGCGACACCGCGCGCGCAAGGAGGAAGCGAGGCGCGCCUCAACGUGUAAAUUGUUGUUGUUUGCUCAAGCUCGAGAGCUCAUUGGCGUCAGGCCAGUGCAUACCAAAUUGGUAGUGCCAAACUCUUAUAUCCACGUCGUGUACAUCGGUUGUGUUAUACGAAUAUUUCGCGAGAGGGAAAGAAAGAAGGAAGAGAGAGAGAGAGAGA